AUGGCCGACCAUCACGUUAGCAUCAGCCAACCUGGCAACGAAGACACGACGCAGCACCGUUCUAAUGUAGAAAGCAAUGACAUUCUUGUAGCGGACAAUGUUUCAGACGAUGAUGCCUCGCUGAACCGUGAGAGCAUUGCUUCGUCAACCACGAGCGUGACCAGCUCGGUCCUUGAUUACCGUAUCGAGAACGGACGCACCUAUCACAGAUACAAGGAUGGAAAGUACGCGAUGCCAAACGACGAAAGAGAGAAUGAUAGACUCGAUCUGCAACACAACCUCAUGCUCCGGACAUUUGACGACCGUCUCGGAACCGCGCCACCCAGCAGAAAAGACUACAAGGCCGGGCGGGUUCUCGAUGUCGGGACCGGCUCCGGCAUCUGGGCCAUCGACUUCGGCGACGAACACCCCGAGGCCGACGUCACUGGGGUUGACUUAUCAGCUGUCCAACCCGGCUUUGUUCCGCCCAACGUCCAUUUCGAGAUCGAUGACAUCGAAGAGGACUGGCACUUUUCCACGCCCUUCGACUACAUACACAGCCGGAUGAUGACGGGAAGCAUUCGCGAUUGGAACAGAUAUGUCAAACAAUGUUAUGACAACCUGAGCCCCGGCGGCUACCUUGAGCUCAACGAAGUCGACGCGCUCCCCACAUCCGACGACGGCACCCUCACAGAGGACUGCAACCUCAUGAAGAGCUUUAACCUGUGGGCCGAGGGCCUCGCGGCGCUCGGAUCGCCCUUUGAGAAGUUCGCCCGCAUGGAGGGCGUCCUCGAGGAGGCCGGCUUCGAAGACGUCCACGUCCAGCGGUUCAAGUGGCCGACCAACAGCUGGCCCAAGGCCGCGAAGCACAGGGAGCUCGGCAUCUGGAACCACGAGAACCUCGCGCCCAAUCUGGAGGGGAUGUUCCUGGCGUCCUACACGCGGGGCCUCGGCUGGACCAGGGAGGAGGUCACGGCAAUGAUGACGAAGGCGCGAGAGGACUUUGCUGACCGGAACAUCCACGCCUACUUCAACAUCUGGUCCAUCUAUGGAAGGAAGCCCGCCCAAGUAGAGGAAAACCAGACAACGACUGACUGA